AUACACCCAAUGUUACGGGAAAAUGGUAGGAACAUUUCUUCUCGAUUGCGUUUCAUUUCGGACAAUAAUACAGCGUAAGACCGGAAACAUUAGACAGCGGAAAAGAAGCAAACUACAUAUUUUCAAAGUAAGCUAUUUCGGACAUAACUUGCUAGCAGUCAUGUCGAGCACAGAUAUAUUUCAGACACAGUUAUCCCAAAUCAUGGGGUUAUUAGUUGAAUCAACAGUUAGCGAGAUGGGGCGACUUCUCGACGUGUGUGCUGCUGUUUUGGAGAAUAAAGACAAUCGUUUCCUGAAGAGAGAAAUGGAGCGUGUGAAUACAACCAACAAAAUAAAGUUUGCGUCAUUCAUGGAAAUGUUGAGUAAAAGCUCGAUGGAGAAAAUAUCAUUACUAAUGACUGUGGACGAGAUGGAGGUGACAGCGGUGGAGAAGACUGGUGGAGAAGGCACAAGUGGUGGAGAAGCAGUAAACUUGCUUAACCCAGAAGUAAAAUCACGUGUAAUUAUAAUCUGUCCAGGAGAUAUUAGAGAAGCAGUUGCGACUCAAAAAGGAGCCGUAAAGGACGAGGGAUCUUCUGAGUCUGAUAGUCAGGAGGAUUACCCUGGCCUUGCCCCCUUGCCCUCACCUUCAUCAGACGAGGAAUGGCUCCCUGAGGUUGAUCCCAGCCAGGGUGAUGACCUUGACCCUCAGGCACCAUCUGCAUCUAGGUUGAAGAUACCCAGAUCUGCUUCGGACCCAGACAAACAAGACGCAGGUAGGGAUGGAGAUGAUCAAGAUGUCCAAUGUGGAGAUUCUGCAGACGCCGCCCUCAUCUGUUCCCACUGUGGAAAAUGUUUCAAGGAGAAAUGGUAUCUGACGAGACACCUUCAGUCCCAUACAAAAUCUUACAGAUGCUCUCAUUGUGCGAAAGGUUUUAAUCUGGAGAAGCAGCUAGCAAAACAUUCCAUUAAACACCAGGAGAACACGUUCAGUUGUACCGAUUGCGACGCGGUGUUUCGCCAGAAAUGUACUUUACAGUCGCACAAGAAACGUCACAAAACAGAGAAAACGGUCACGUGCACGGUUUGUGAAAAGAAGUUUGUAGGGGAAAGGCACAAGUGCAUUGUAAAGCAGAGGACAUUCAGCUGCUCUUCCUGCCCAAAGGUCUUAAAGACCAGAGAAGGAUUGUCUUAUCACCAGGGAACACACUCCGGAGAGAGGAAGUAUUGCUGUGAGACAUGCGGCAAAACGUUCUUCACCGGCGUGUCCUUAAAAACCCAUAUGAUGACUCAUAAAGAGAAGGAUCAUAGCUGUACUGUAUGUGGCCAACCUUUCAACAAUGGACACGCUCUCAGAAAGCACAUGGUAGCCAGCCACCCUGGAGAAACGCCAGAGAAACGCUUUGUCUGCGACGUGUGUGGCAAAUGUUUCGCCAAAAGAGACCAUCUGUAUAAACACAUGAGGAGACACAAGGAAGAAAAACCCUUUUCUUGUGACGUUUGUGGCAAGAAGUUUCAUUCUUCGGGUAAUUGUAAAAGACACGAGAUAACGCACACAGGUGAGAAACUAUAUCACUGUGACCUUUGUGGGAAAAGUUUUACCCAGUCCGGAACCCUAACCAUACAUAAACUAAACACGCACACAGACGGCGAAGAAAAGCCUUCUUUCAAGUGUGAGAUUUGUGGGGAAGUUUUUCCAAGACGUUAUACCCUAAAAAAUCAUAUGGUCACUCACACGGGGAAGAAACCAUGUCAAUGUAGUGUUUGUGGGAAAGGGUUCUUUAGCAAUCCUACUCUUAAAGCUCACAUGCUCAUUCACACAGGGGAGAAACCGUUUGAGUGUGAUCAAUGUGGGAAAAGGUUCACCCAGUCAAGUCAUCUAAAAUAUCACGAGCGACAUGUGCACACGGGUGUCAAACCAUUCGUGUGUGACAUCUGUGGGAAGGCCUAUGCAAAUAGACAGAAUCUGAAACUCCACAAGUGCAGUGCUUCUGCUAAACAGUAGUCUGUGCAGUGCUUAUGCUAAACGGUAGUCUGUGCAGUGCUUAUGCUAAACGGUAGUAAUCUAGUGUCACAACUAGAUAAUUGUCACCCUGUCAAUGAGCAAUAUACACUGCUCAAAAAAAUAAAGGGAACACUAAAAUAACACAUCCUAGAUCUGAAUUAAUGAAAUAUUCUUAUUGAAUACUUUUUUCAUUGCAUAGUUGAAUGUGCUGACA